AGUCCUCCUCAACAGCCUCAGUUUAGAUUUCCUGACAGAGUUCUGCAUCAAUGUGGAGAAGCUGGAGAUGGAUAAGACCUGCAGAGGCCUCAUCAUCACCUCGUACAGUAUAACCCGUCAACUGCUGCAGCAGAGCCUCGUCCAGGAGUUUUUAAAAACAGCAGCACAAAUUGACAGUUUACCUUGUGUGUGUGUGUGUGUGUGUGUGUGUGUGUGUGUUUUUUUAUUGCUUUCAAUCCAGAGCCAGCCUAAGGUGUUCUCAGCCAGGCUGGACAUUAUGGAGAUGUACGGGAAGAGUCCAGAGCGCUGUGGAGAGUUCUGGAGAGCCGUUCAGGAGAUGUGGCUGAAACUCUAUAGCUCAGACAUGGUCACCAUAGCUGCAAUCAAUGGUUCCAGUCCUGCAGGUGGCUGUCUCAUGUCUUUGACCUGUGACUACAGGAUAAUGGCGGACAACCCUCGUUACAGCAUCGGCCUUAAUGAGACACAGCUCGGCAUCGUAGCACCUUUUUGGUUUAAGGACACAAUGGUAAAUACAGUGGGACACCGAACCACAGAGCUAGCUGAGCUGGGACUGCUCUACAGCCCUUCAGAGGCCCUCAAGGUAGGACUGGUAGACCUGCUGGUACCUGAAGAUGAGGUCCUCACCACAGCCACGAAGACCAUGACCAAGUGGUUGGCUAUCCCAGACCACGCCAGACAGAUCACCAAGUCCAUGAUGAGGAAGCCAACCAUCGACAAGCUGACAUCCAAGAGAGAGGCUGACAUCCAAAACUUUGUCAGCUUUAUCACCAAAGACUCCAUUCAGAAGUCACUCCGCAUGUACCUGGAGAUGCUCAAAAAGAGAAGGGGCUAGAGGAGUGUGGGGAGCCUAUAAAAUGACACUGACAUAAACACAUUUUAGGGACAUUUUGACACUAGUUUAACACAUUCACUGUCACGUGUUCCUUGGCGUCAAUUAUGCUGGAAUCCUCACAUACAGCUCUCGGCAGCUCAUCUUCGUAACAGUGCCUAAUCGGCAAAGAACCACGUUUACCACAGCGCUGUCUGAUCUUCUGACACCAGACAGUAACCUAGCUAGCUCAGGGGAGACCUGCCCAGGAUUGACGCUAAUGAUCCAGUGACAAAUAGUUUCUCUUCAACUUUCUAAGAAGUUCAGUUAAAAAGUAACAUUAAAAAUUUAAAUAUAGUUUCAAACUUUACUUUAUGGUUAUUUUGAGAUGAGUAAAUAAUUCUUUUAAUUGACUGUGCUCUAAGCCCUGCCCUCCACUGUUACACUGCUCUGUCCUGUCUCAUACACAUGCAGCACAUGGGCAGUUUAUUGUAGCAGUGGCUGAUUUACCGCUCCAAACAAUGCAUCUCCAAAUAGCCAUAAGUGAGCGAGUACACAGACCCAUGCGCUCAUUUCUGACCAAGAGCAGUGUAUAUGACAACUUCUGCUAGCAGCCUAUAGUGUGACUUGUUAUUGUUUCUAGCUCACUCUUUUUUUGCAUCCUCAAACAGAGCAGCACUGCUCAUGUGAAGCUGAUUUGAGGAUCAGUACACACUCUCAUCACUAUUGAAAUGCCAGUUAUCCCUCUUACUACAGCCCCAUUCACACUUACACAUGUGGAGAAAUCCAAAGUUUGACAGGUCUGCCAUGCCUAGCUACAGUUGUUUGGGGGUCACUGUCUGGGUGGAGAGGUUUAGCAAACAGUCAAUUGUCAUAGGUCUUCACUAUCUAAAGUGCCUAGCCUUACUGUACCUUCCAGAGCCAUAACAACUAAUGAAAGUAACCUUGGGUACAUUUGAACAGCCUACAGUGGUGAAGCCUUUGUCAUCUCUUUGUCUACAUGUAUUUUUUCUGACUGCGUUCUGUGAAUAAAUGGGUGGAAUCAUGUCA